CCAGCAUGCAAUUCCUCCUUUAUCUGUUUCACUUUCACUCUUGCAUUUCAUUGUGCGCGCAGAAGACGACACGGUGAGGUGAUUUCCUGCUUUCACUGUCACCAUGUUUGUGGCUCCUCUCCUGCUGCUGCUGUUCGGUCCCUUCGCUCCCUCAUCUGGAGCACAGCUGCCAAAUGAAGGCCAAGCCAAAGACCCCCCCAUAGCUACCAACGGCCAGCCAUUCCCCUGGGAUCGCAUGCGACUUCCCAAAACCGUCUCCCCCAUCCACUACGACCUGAUCAUCCACCCCAACCUGACCACCUUCGACUUCACCGGCGUUGCUCGUAUUGAGUUGGAUGUGCAUGAAGACACCAGCGUCAUCAUUCUCCAUGCCAAGCAGAUGCAGAUCUCCAAUGUGCUGCUCCUGGCACCUGAAGGUGUGAGGCCUCUUCAGGUGUUGGAGAAUCCUCGUUUCCAUCAGCUCGCCCUGCUGUCAGACUCCGUGCUGACUAAAGGGAGGAAGUAUGAAGUUCAGCUGGGGUUUGCUGCCAACUUAUCUGACAGCUACCAUGGUUUCUACAAAAGCAGCUACCGCACCAGCACUGGGGAAGUCCGGUUCAUGGCCUCCACACAGUUUGAGGCGACCUUUGCUCGUGGAGCCUUCCCCUGUUUUGAUGAGCCUGCCUUCAAAGCCAACUUCACCAUACGGAUUACACGAGAGCCACGCCACAUAGCCAUAUCCAACAUGCCUAAGGUUAAAACAGUGGAGUCCAGGCGCUUGCUAGAGGAUAACUUCGACACCACUGUAAAGAUGAGCACUUACCUGGUGGCCUACAUUGUGUCUGAUUUCCUGUCUGUGAGCAAGACGACUCAGCACGGCGUCAAGAUUUCAAUCUAUGCUGUACCUGAGAAGAUUGACCAGACAGCAUUUGCACUGGAUGCUGCUGUGAAGCUGUUGGACUUCUAUGACGACUACUUUGAUAUUCCUUACCCACUUCCCAAACAGGACCUGGCUGCUAUCCCUGACUUCCAGUCAGGUGCGAUGGAGAACUGGGGGCUGACCACCUACAGAGAGACGGGCCUCCUCUUCGACGCCGACAGGUCUUCAGCUUCAGACAAACUUGGCAUCACCAAGGUCAUCGCCCAUGAGCUUGCACACCAGUGGUUUGGGAACCUGGUGACGAUGGAGUGGUGGAAUGACCUGUGGCUCAACGAGGGUUUCGCCAAGUUCAUGGAGUAUAUUUCUCUCGACAUCACCUACCCAGAGCUGCAUGUGGAUGACUUCUUCUUGGGGAAAUGUUUUGAGGCCAUGGAGGUAGACUCCCUCAGCUCCUCCCACCCAGUCUCCACCCCCGUGGAAAACCCCAUGCAGAUCCAGGAGAUGUUCGAUGAUGUGUCUUAUGACAAGGGAGCAUGUAUUCUGAAUAUGCUGCGGGACUUCCUGACUCCAGAGGCCUUUGAGAUCGGCAUCAUCCAAUACCUGAAACGCUACAGCUACCAAAACACUGUCAACAGCCACCUGUGGGAGAGCCUGACUAAUAUCUGCGACUCAGAUGAUCUGGACGAAGGCCGAAUGAAACACAAAGAAUUCUGCUCCAAACGCCACGUCCCGUCUGGAGCCUCUAAGUGGUACUCUGAUGAUGAGCUGGACGUCAGGGCCAUCAUGGACACCUGGACACUGCAGGAGGGCUUCCCGCUGGUCACUGUAGAGGUCAGAGGUCGGGAGGUCAGACUCAGUCAGGAGCGUUACCUGAAGACAGAUGACCCCUCCCUCACUGAAGGAUUCCUGUGGCAGAUUCCACUGACGUACAUGACCAGCGCCUCCAGCACCAUCCACCGCUUCCUGCUUAAAACAAAGACUGACGUGCUUUACCUGCCGGAAGAGGUGGACUGGGUGAAGUUCAAUGUGGACAUGAGCGGCUACUACAUGGUCCACUACGCAGACAACGGGUGGAACUCCAUUAUCAGACUGCUGCAACACAACCACACGGCCCUGACCAGCAACGAUCGUGCCAGCCUCAUCCACACCGUCUUCCAGCUGGUCAGCAUAGGGAAGGUGAGGUUGGACACGGCUCUGGAGCUGUCUCUGUACCUGUCCAGAGAGACUGAGAUCAUGGCUGUGACUCAGGGCUUUGGAGAGCUCGUACCUCUCUACAAACUGAUGGAGAAGAGGGACAUGCCGGCUCUGGAGAACCAGAUGAAGGGCUACAUUGUGGAUCUGUUCAGGGGGCUGAUUGAUCGGCAGGAGUGGUCUGACUCCGGAUCAGUGUCUGAGCGAGUGCUCAGGAGUUACCUGCUGCUGUUCGCCUGUGUAAGGAACUACACUCCCUGUGUGACCAAAGCCACCCAGCUCUUUAACCAGUGGAAGGCCUCUGAUGGCAAAAUCAGCCUCCCUGUCGACAUCACAAUGGCUGUGUUUGUGAUUGGAGCUCGAACACCAGAGGGGUGGAACUUCUUGUUUGAGAAGUACCGCAAUUCGAUGCAAAUGUCUGUCAAGAGCCGCAUGAAAACUGCCAUGACUGUCACCCCCCUGCAGGACAAGCUCAAGUGGAUGAUGGAGCAGAGCCUCCGCGGUGAUGUGAUGAAGACUCAGGACCUCCCAGACGUGGUCGUCUCAGUCAGCAGAAACCCCCAUGGCUUCAAACUGGCCUGGGACUUCCUCCGAGCCAACUGGCACACCCUGAUCAAGAAGUUCGACCUCGGCUCCAGCACUAUAUCAUACAUGGUGACUGGGGUGACCAACCAGUAUUCUACCCGGGAGAUGUUAAAUGAGGUACGAAGCUUCUUCGGCUCCCUGACCGAGGAGACGGGCUCGGAGAUGAGGUGUAUCCAGCAGACAUAUGAGACCAUUGAGGAUAACAUCCGCUGGAUGGACACCAACCUUCCUCUGCUGCGGGCCUGGCUGGACAAACACAGACACAAAGGGCCUCAUGAGGAUUUAUAGCGCCAGGUGAAGCAAAAAGUCUAAUGUGGAUAAUAAUGUUGCUCAAAGCAGAAACUACUACAAGUGUGGACACAAGUCAAAAAUUGGAUGACUUUAUAUUUGACGACUAAUCAAGAAGAUUUGCAACUCAACUUUGACUUGAACGGCAAUAACUCCUGACUUCAUUUGGAUGGUAGAUUUUUAACUCAGAGAUUUAAAAACAUCAACAAGAAGUAUCAUGCUUUGGAAUUUGAUGACCCACUUUUUUCACUUCACACUUCUGUAAAUUACAGCCUAAAGAAAUACUGUCAUGUGAUCCAUAAGAGACACAUUCCCUCAGUAUGUGAAAGUAGCCUUAAGAAAUGCCUUAAAGAACCAGAUUAUGUGAGAGGUCUGAGUUAGCAACAUCAUUUUAAAAGGAAAAAAAUAUUCAGGGGGGGGUUGUUUCCCAAUGAAAGUGCUCUCCAAAAGACAGUCUGAGUGUUUCUGCUCACUGCUGUCUGUGUGUAUCUGUAUAUGUUGGUCGGUAUUGUGUGUGCUUGUGCAUGUGUGUGUGUUUUUGGGGUUAAGUUCAAAGAUGGGUGCAGCACUCCCUGUCUAAAGUCUCAGUUUUUAUGAAGGUGAUUUUCAUUCAUGCUGCAAUAUGACUGAAGACAGCAACAUAAAGGUGGUACAGUGCUGUUUAGGUAGCAGACCACUUCUUCCCAUGAAAAACAAAGACAAACAAAAAUAAGAUUGGACAUGCGCCCUAGAGAAAGAAGCCAAAAGGAGACUUGCUACGUCCAGCCUUCAGUGCUGCAAAAAUGUGGGAAUACCCACAACAGCUACAUCUGACAAAAGGUCAACCUAAUGCACUUGUUAUAUUUUUGUAUAGUUCAAGUGUUUUUAAACCAUAAUUGAGAUAAAACAACAGAUCAGAUCAUUUUUGCACAGUUUGAGUUUCCAAUAUUGGGAACAUGAAUAACUACUGUAAAAUAUUUUUUUUUUUUUUUUUUUUGUCCGAAUUUACAGCAAUUCUGAUAUUUUCCAAGCAGAAUAUGUGUUGAAUUAAAUAUUAAAAAUGAAAAAUUCCCUUAA